GAGCCCUGCCCGGUGCUGCGAAUCCUGCCCGGUGCGGAGCCGUGCCCGUGCAGAGCCGUCCGCGGUGCUGUGGAUCCUGCCCAGUGCAGAGCCAUGCCCGAGAACAAGAAAAGCAAGAUGGGAAAAAUAGGAGGAAAAAAGGCUUUUUUUUAAAUAACAUGCCACCAGAACUUCUGCAUGGUAAUAAAGAUCAUCUGAAGCAGCUGGAUAUUUGCAAAAGAAGACCCUGACAGCACUCAGAUACUUUAAAUCAAGUUCAAGGAUGCAUUAGAGAGAGCUGCAGUGGCUGCACCAGAUUUCACCCUGAAGGAUGAACAGUGAAGAGGAGUUUUAUGAUGCCGUUACGGGCUUUGAUUCUGACAAUUCUUCAGGAGAGUUUUCAGAAGCAAAUCAUAAAUGUCCAGAAAUGCUUGAUCUAGAGCCACACCAAAGCAAUAAGACUGAAAAGCAUAAUGGAGAAACAGAGAUACAAGAAAAUGGGAUUAAGAGACACAGGACAUCAUUACCUGCCCCAAUGUUUUCUAGAAGUGAUUUUAGUGUGUGGAGCAUAUUAAAAAAAUGCAUUGGACUGGAGCUGUCCAAGAUCACAAUGCCCAUUGUCUUCAACGAGCCCUUGAGUUUCCUUCAAAGGAUAACAGAAUAUAUGGAGCAUAUAUACCUCAUCAAUAAGGCUUGUAGUCACACAGAUCCCCUGGAAAGAAUGCAGGCUGUAGCUGCUUUUGCAGUUUCUGCUGUAGCUUCUCAGUGGGAGAGAACUGGCAAACCCUUUAACCCACUGUUAGGAGAAACCUAUGAAUUAACCAGGGAGGACUUAGGAUUUAGGUUUAUAUCUGAGCAAGUCAGCCACCACCCACCUAUUAGUGCAUUUUAUUCUGAAGGCCUCAAUAAGGAUUUCAUAUUUCAUGGAUCAAUCUAUCCCAAACUAAAAUUCUGGGGAAAGAGUAUAGAAGCAGAGCCUCGGGGAACAAUUACCUUGGAGCUUCUGAAGCACAAUGAAGCUUACACAUGGACAAAUCCAACCUGUUGUGUACAUAAUGUAAUUAUUGGUAAACUGUGGUUAGAACAGUAUGGAGUGGUAGAAAUCAUAAAUCACAGUACUGGAGAUAAAUGUGUCCUUAAUUUUAAACCAUGUGGACUGUUUGGGAAGGAGCUUCACAGGGUAGAGGGAUACAUCCAGGACAAGAACAGGAAGAAGCUGUGUGUGAUCUAUGGCAAGUGGACAGAAUGUCUGUGGUGCACUCACCCCACCACAUAUGAGACCUACAAGAAGAAUGAGAAGAGAGGCAGUGAGCCGAAGAAGAAGUCGAGUGAAGAAGAUCUUAAAUCUGAAAAUGAUGAGGCUGAUGAUAUGCCAGAGGUUCAAGACUCCGUGCAGUUCAUACCAGGCAGUAAAUUGCUUUGGAGAAUAAACUGUAGGCCACCAAACUCAUCACAGAUGUACAAUUUCACCAGUUUUGCUGUGAGCCUCAAUGAGCUGGAGAAAGGCAUGGAGGCAAUCCUGGCUCCCACAGACUGCCGGCUGCGGCCGGACAUCAGGAACAUGGAGAACGGGAACAUGGAUGUGGCAAGCAGAGAGAAGGAGAGACUGGAAGAGAAACAGAGAGCUGCUCGCAAGGAGCGUGCGAAGGACGAGGUGGAGUGGCACACACGAUGGUUUCAUCAAGGCACUAACCCAUACACUGGGACUCCAGAUUGGCUGUACUCAGGUGGCUAUUUUGAUAGAAAUUUCUCAGACUGUCCAGACAUAUACUGAAAUUCCAGAAGCAAUUGCUCAUCUCAUCCGGACAUCUAGUUACUAGAUUUCAUUCCAAGCCAGUUACUCUGGUUUUGUUGAUAGCAAAAACCAGCUUUUCAAAGUAAAUUUUAACAGAAAUUCUGUAAGUCAACAAUCAAUGAUUUAAUUCCCACUAACUUUGGAUUGCCAAAUAUUUAAAUACUGUUGUGCUUAUUCCGUAAAGCUGCACCUGAAAUCAUCAAGUUUUCACUAAUUUUCAGAGGGACCUUUGGUUCUCCAUUUCCUUCCCUAGUUUCUUUGCCAGGAGGAUAUGCUGUAUCUGUAGAGCACAUAACAUCCUUGAAAACUACAUAACUUAAAUAAACUAGAGAUAAUAUCCUUGAUAUUUAGUACAAUAGAGAAGCAGCUGAAGUUUUUGGCACUCGGAGCAGGGAUGAAAAGCCAACAUGGUACCAACAGGAUCAAUCCCAGUCCUGUCACACUCCCAUACUGUAUGUAGCACUCCCUGGGGACAGGAGCUCCUGGCCCCACUCUCAACAAUUCCAUAACUGAGAGCCUUGGAUCACAAAACCCAGCCUGGGGCUCUCACCCUGUAGUUGUCUGUUACAGAGUCUUCACAACUUUGGGACACUGUGAGCAUUAAACUGUAUACCUGUGAUAAAUCCCAUAGAGCAUACCUUAGGUGAGGGGAAGGGCACACCCCAAAUGUGCUUUUCCUCAGGUCAAAUGCUGUUAAAUGCUGUUCUUACCAUAGGAGAAGCUUUGGAAGCAAUAGCAGGAAUGUCAAGGUGGUUCCAAUGUACAAUAUAUUGCUUGCUACCACUUGGAGGCUUAACUCUUGUGCACUACCUUUGGCAGCUUUGGCACUGUGUAUGCUUCUAGACUAAACUUUCCUUUGGAAGCACUUCUGUGUGUGUGUCCACGCAGGUUCAUGUUUGGGGAAGUUUUGGUUUGCAUGUUUCUCAUUAUUAGGUCAUGUCUGUUUUGUAUGUUGUGAAAAAGCAGAAUCAAUUUAAAGCUUUGGCAGAGUUAUACCUAUUACAAGUUUCCUGUGAGCACGUGAUGUCAAAAAGUGGGAUUUUUAAAAAAUUUCUUUUUGUUCCAUAUGAAACCAUCAAAGCCAUAUAAUACUGGAAAUAAUCAAUUACUGAACUGAUGCAUUCAUUUUCUUUCAAGUGGUAUACUUCAGGGGCCAGGGUGUGGAGAGAGGCUUGAAAAAUUUGGUCCAGUAAUUAAAAUUGAUCCUUAUGUUGCUGCUUCUUUUAUGAAAGUUUUUAAUUGAGUAACCAGGCAAAAAAUGGAGAGUGGCUGUGCUGCUGUGAAGUUUACAGUAAUUUAGAAAUUGUUGGUGUUAAGUGCCAGUAACAUGAGCAGUUCAAGAAAGAAUUGGUCUGAUUUGUGUCCAAAACAUCUGUGAUUUCAUCCAGAAAGUGGAUUUUUGAAGUGCUUCUCUCUCAGAGGAUUAAAAAGCAAAAGAAAAUGUAUUCAUAGAGAAAUUCUUCCAGCAAAUCAUGUGUGCAACAAUUGGAUUACAUUUGGGGAAAAUUUAGUUGUCUUCAUUGGAAAAAUAAGAGGAGCUGUAAAACUUCAAGGCAGUAAGGAAGGGCACAAUCUGACUCUUGUUCAUGGCAACUGGAUUCUGGUGCCAAAAAUUGUAAUUUGUGUCGAUGGAAGUCCUCAGAAUUUGAGCUGGACUUAGUGGCACAGUGGGGUUGUGUUUGUUCCUGGUAUGGGCACAGACACUUCUGAAAAGACACUGCUGAUUCUCAUGGAACAGCAUAAAAACAGUUUUUAUAAAAACCUGAGCUUUAAUGACAGUGUCAGGCACUGUUAACCCCUUUCCAAAUGUGCUGCACGUGCCAUAGGGAAUUUUUUUUGUUAGGUGAGGAUUGAAAUGAAUCACAUAUUAGACCAGUGGGAGUUUAAAACUUACUUUAAUUACAUAGUGUGUUCAGUGCUGGAGUGAUGUUUUUAAAACAAUGCAUAUAAAUAGAAAUUGCCUGAAUGGAAGAAACUGUACAGAUGUUCUAAGAGGAGGUGUACAGGUUAGCAUCCUUUUGUCUAAGCCAGGAUUUAAAUUCAAAGACCUAAAGCCUUGUCAUUAUGUGAAAGCAUGAAACAAUUGUACCAAUGUGUUUAAUCCAAACUUCAGUAUAGAAUCUUCAUGGGAUAUAAAAAGAAACUGGGAACAUUUCCAGUGUAAGAACACUUCAGUAGUUACAUCUUCACCCCCGUCUUCCUUUCCUUUAGUCUGAAGUUUUCCGAAAAAUUUCAGAUUAGUUCCAAACCCAUUCUUUAAAUUUAUUAUUCUUCAUUGGCAACACUUUCAGAACUCUUUCCCUGCGCUGCCGACACGGCUCUGCUUGGCCAGCCCUGGCAUUCCUAAUGCUCUCAAAGUCCAAAAGUUUUUAUUUUCAAUGCAGAUCUCGCCUCAGUAGUUUACGUGUCAAAACAUUAAUAACUUUGCACCUUUUGAAAGAAUGUCACUUUUAUAACUUGAUUAAACAUUGUAUAUAAGAUAACUGUGUUAGUAUAUGUUAAUACAGCUACAUAGAGAAACCAGCUAGAAAGAAAUUAUAAUAAAUACUUAAUAAAUAAAUAUCCUUUGGGCCUCUG